GUUUUUUAUCUAUCUGUGUGUGCUGAGAAUUGAACCCAGAAUCCCUAGUAUGCCAAGCAUACUUCUCCACUGAGUAUUCUGUAUUAUUUUUUGAGACAGGGUCUUUCUAUGUAGCCCAGUGAUUUCUAUUAUAUUAAGUUUGUCAAAGCUUGUUUCCCAGUUCAUACAUACUUAAAAAAAAGUAUGCUCUGUUCUUUAGUAAGAUAUUCUGUGUGUGUUAGCAGUCAGUGGUAUUGUUUAGUUGUAUACCCUUUUGUUUGUUUGGUUGGGUUUUAGUUGUUUUGAGACAGUCUCACUCUGUAGCCCGUGAAUGGCCUUGAGCUCACAGAGAUCUGCCUGUUCUGCUUCAUGGGUGCUGGGAUUAAAGUCCUGUGUUGAUUUUCUAUCUACUGAUUCUUUCCAUUUCAGGAUGUAUUGGAACUUGAUAUACAGCCCCAAACUGGUCUCGAACUUGAGAUCCCCCUGCCUCCUCUUCUUCCUAAGCAUUGAGAUUGCAAGAACUAGUGACAUUUAAGGAUGUAGCUGUGGAUUUCACCCAGGAGGAGUGGCAAUACCUGAGCCCUCCACAGAGGACCCUGUACAGAGAUGUGAUGCUUGAAAACUACAGCAACCUUGUCUCUGUGGGCUCUGAAGACCAAGGAGGUAUCUAUCAUUUAUCAUCCUUAGAACAGCAGGUUACUAAACCAGAUCUCAUUAUCCAGCUGGAGGUAGAAGAACCAGAGCCAGAUGGGGAAAUUUCGGUUUGGAACUUUCCAGAAGUCUGCCACAUUAAUGGACAAUUUGAGAGGCAACAUCAGGAUAAUCAAGAUAAGUAUCUGUCGAUGCAAGUUGGAUUCCCUAAUGACAAAGUAAUUACCAAGAAUGACCAGAACUAUAUUGAAUUUGGAAACACAUUUCAUCUGAGCACAAGCCUUGUUGUUCCAAUGCAAAGAUCACAUAAAUUUGAAUCAUUUGGAAAUAAUAUGGUGGACAAUGUAAGCCUAUUUAAUAGAAGCUCUCCAGAAAACAAACAUGAUACUGGGUGUGCAAAAUUAUUCCAUACAGAAUAUGAAAAACCUAAUUUCAUAGUGAAACCUUGUGGAUACAAAGAAUAUGAAAAAAGUCUCAGGCAAAAGAAAGGUCUUAGCCUUCAUCAGAGAAUUAAAAAUGGAGAGAAGCCUUUUGAAUGUACUGCAUGUCAGAAAACCUUCAGCAAAAAGUCACACCUCAUUGUACAUUGGAGAACUCAUACAGGAGAGAAACCAUUUGAAUGUACUGAAUGUGGGAAAGCUUUUAGCCAAAAGUCUCAGCUCAUUAUACACCUCAGAACCCAUACUGGAGAAAGACCCUUUGCAUGUCCAGAAUGUGGGAAAGCCUUCCGAGAAAAGUCAACUGUUAUCAUACAUUAUAGAACUCAUACAGGAGAGAAACCUUAUGAAUGUAAUGAAUGUGGGAAAGCCUUCACUCAGAAGUCAAACCUCAUUGUUCAUCAAAAAACUCACACAGGAGAGAAAACCUAUGAGUGUACCAAGUGUGGGGAAUCUUUCAUAGAAAAAGUUGACCUAAUUAUACACCAUAGUACUCACACAGGAAAGAAGCCUCAUGAAUGUAAUGAGUGUAAGAAAACAUUCAGUGAUAAGUCAACCCUCAUUAUACAUCAGAGAACUCACACUGGAGAGAAACCUCAUAAAUGUACUGAAUGUGGGAAGUCUUUCAAUGAGAAAUCAACCCUUAUUGUGCACCAAAGAACUCACACUGGUGAGAAGCCCUAUGAAUGUGAUGUAUGUGGGAAAACUUUCACACAAAAGUCAAAUCUAGGUGUGCAUCAAAGAACUCAUUCAGGAGAAAAACCAUUUGAGUGUAAUGAAUGUGAGAAAGCCUUCUCUCAGAAAUCCUAUCUCAUGCUACAUCAGCGAGGCCACACUGGAGAGAAGCCCUAUGAAUGUAAUGAAUGUGAAAAGGCAUUUUCUCAGAAGUCCUAUCUCAUUAUACAUCAAAGAACUCAUACAGAAGAAAAACCCUAUAAAUGUAGUGAGUGUGGAAAAGCAUUCCGAGAAAAGUCAAAACUCAUUAUCCAUCAGAGGAUCCACACAGGAGAGAAACCCUAUGAAUGCCUUGUGUGCUGGAAAGCUUUUAGCCAGAAGUCGCAGCUCAUCAUCCAUCAGAGAACACACACAGGAGAAAAGCCCUAUGAGUGCACAGAAUGUGGCAAAGCAUUCAGGGAAAAAUCCACAUUCACUGUACAUCAGAGAACUCACACUGGAGAGAAGCCUUAUAAGUGUGCAGAAUGUGGGAAAGCCUUUACCCAGAAAUCCAACCUUAUUGUACAUCAGAGGACCCAUGCAGGGAAGAAAGCCCAUGGGAGAGGCCACACCCACAAGUCAAAGCUCACUACACAAUGUGGGACAAAGCAAUAGUAUCUUUCAUAUACCCAAAGGAAAGAUGUGUUGAUUUAGCGUUUAAACAAAUUUCUUUUCAUCUGUUUUCACCCUAAUGCAGGUUGAAAAAGAAACAGAUGCAUAACUUCUUUGGAAACCAGUGCAAUCACAGGGCUGUCAAACUAAAAGGCAAUUAUACACAAGUGCAGGAGAUUUCAGGGCUUCAAAAGGGAGGCAGCAUAGCUAAGGACUCUCAACUGAGGUUUGAGUUAUGCUUUAAGGUACAUGAGCAGAGACACUGUGACAAAGACUGUGAGGCCUGAGGAGAAACAUGCAGACAGACCUUAGAUUUACAAACAGUCAUCUGACAGGUUUAAGGAACAGCUGGUGGUGGGGAAGCUGGGAAACAUAAAUGGAUAGAGUUGGUCUUGUCUACUGAUUUGGGGAAAGAAAGGUCUGAAAGAAAGAACUAAUGUAAGCUAAGGGGUUUCUCGGUUGUUUGAAAAAGUCAUCUGUCUAGAAUGUGGCCCUGGCAUCUUCCCCCACAAAACCUCUUGCAAACAGCAAGCACGGGAGCAACUCUUCUCAUUCAAAGGAAGGCAUUUAAAACUAAUCAAAAUCACAAGUCCAUUUCCACUUCUAAGGAUACAUAUUCUCACAUGUGUACAAAAUGAUCAAAACAUGCAGUGUUUGAAAACAAAAGAUUAGAAGCUGUCGAAAUGGUAUCACCUGGAUUCUGCUUCCUGAAACUGUGACAUAUUCGUACAUCAAACUCAAGAGACAAAGAAUGAACAAAAAACACAUGGAUAUCAUUUCUGUAGUGAUUUAGGAUAGUCUCCAAGUUACCUCAUUAGAUAGAAAAAGCAAUGUGCAGUGAGUAUGAUGUGCUACAAUUUGUAUAUAAAAAGGAGGAAAUGGUAAGUACAGAAUGACUGUAUAAGCUGUUUCUGGAAAUGAAUACGAAAAUCUGAUUACCAUUAUCUUACUGAAGGGAAAGGGACAGUAGGUGACUACUAGGGAGAUGAAACCUGGAGACACCUGUAUAUUCUCUCAUAGCCUUGGAAAGUUGUUCAGUGUGAAUAUACCACCUUUUUGAAAAAUAAAUCUUUAAAGCUGUA